CAAUAUGGCGGCUUUUAGUGAGGGACAUUCUGAUAGAAAUUUAUAGUUUUUCUGUUUUUGACUUCGUUUCACGUUUCGGGAAGAGUUAUGGACCUUGUAAAUGCAUCAGAUUUGACUUGCAUUGUCAGCAAAGCUGUCAAAAGUCUUCAAGAUUUGGAAACAUUUACUAAAACACAAAAAGGCAUCAGUGAAGAUGAAUACCAUGCUUCAAGUAUUAAGAAUAUUAUAGAAGCUCUUGAAGAAAUGAAUCGUGAUCGUAUGAAACUACAUGAAUUAUUGGAAAAGGAGACAAUACUUGCUAGUUCACUACGUUUCAAGUUACAGAUAAUGCCUACACAAAUAAGUGAAGUGCAAAAUGCUGUUGUUUCAGCACGUGACUUAAACGAAUCAGACAUUCAACAACUGAAGGCAAAUAUAAACAACAUCAACUCGAAUAUUAAAGAACUUGAAGAAAGAUAUCAGAAAUUACUGAGUGAAAAUUUGAGAUUAGCACCAGAACAAAGUGAAGCACAAAGCGAACAUGACACAGUUAUUAACUUACUUAAUGAAAAAAUGACAGAUAAAGCUAGCAAGCAGAUAACGUUGAACGAAACCCGAGACACGCUACGUGAGACGUCCAAAAUGAUCAAAGAAUUAGGUGAAUCAAAUGAACAACUGAAAGAGGACAUUGCUUUGGAGAAAGAAGAGACCAUUGAUGAGAAGGAAAGACUAAAGAAAGCUGUGGAGGAAACUCGUGCUAAAGUUAAAGAGCAAAAGGAAAAAAAUGAAGAACAGAAAAUACAAAUUGCAAAACUUCAAGAGGAAAUGGUUGAAAGCGAAGGAAUCUUGGAGGCAAAACGAAAGAUAAUACGAGGCAUUGAGACUUCAAAAGGAAAACUCGAGGCUCAGACUGUCCAGUUGAGUCGUCAACUUCAGAAAGCGAUCAAAUCAAACUCCAUCCUGACACAAGAGGGGAUGCGAGUGAUGAAGUCUCAUCAAGAGACGUUGACCAACCUUGAAAAAACAAAAGAUGAUUUGGAACACGAAUAUGAAACGUUAAGCAGUUCAUUGGAGAAGGCGAACGUCGAACAUACACGGCUGAGUUCCAAAAAAGUCACCCUAGAUGAAGAUCAUGAUGUUCUUUUCACUGAAUGCAAGAAAGUCAAAGAAAAAGUCAAAGAUAACGAACAAAGAAUACGCCGUUCUCGUGAUCAACUAAAGAGUAAAACUGACGAAUGUUCACGUUUGAACGAGAACUAUGAACUUGAAGACGAGAUAAAACAGUUGAAGGAAAGCCAUCAAGCAAUGGCGGACGCUUAUACUCAUCGAAUUGACGAUUUGAAGUCCGGAUUAAAAAAGGAAAGAAGUGAAAAGGCGUCCAUUCAAAUAAAGCGCGAAAAUCUCGCAAAAGAUACCAGUGACUUUAAGAAUGAAUACAGCACCUUCAUGAUUAGUUUGUCUAAUAUCAUUCAAUCGGCUAAGAACGAACACUCGGCGUUGACAGAAAAAGGAAAUGAACUACAGAAAAAUUUGAGAGAUGAUGAGCAAGAGUUAUUGGAAAAAAAAGAUGCUUUAAAGGAAGCUAAGGAGUCCUACGCAGAGACGCAAAAGGCACUUCAAAAAGAAUUAGAAACAUUGCAGGAAUCGAUUGAACAACUUGAGAAAGACAUUGCAGAAAACCAAAAAACUUUCGCGGAGAGACAGCCUUCAUAUGAGUUGCUAGAACAACAGUUUGAUGAGAAAUCAAAGGAAUAUGCUGAACUCAAGCAGUCCAUUAUUGAUUUGAAGAACAAAAAAGCGAGCUUGGAGCUUUCCAUACAAAGAACAAAUAAAGAAAUAGAAAGGACAAAAGAGCCUCGUAAACGGCUGCAAGAGGAAAUCAAUACGACGAGAGUCGAAUCAUUACGUGUUAUGGCCGAACAAAACGCAGAAAUUAAAAAUAUCGAAAAGGAGAAUUUAAUCUGUUGUCGAAAGCUUCAGAGGGUUUUAAAAGAAAACGCAAGAUUUGAAGAGGCCAUUCAGCAAGCUCAAGAAGAAAUAAAAUUCCUAGAAGUUCAGCGUGAAUCAAAACAAGUUAUUCAAGGAAAAGUUGAAGAAAAAUUAUCGCAGUUUAAAGAUGAAAUAAUGGCUUCUCGUGAAGAAGAUUUCAAUUUAGAUCAGAUGUAUGCCAAGCGCGACCAGAAAAUUUUGGAGGACAUUCAAAAACUUCAAGGAGAAACGAAAGACAGGGAAAUGAAGGUUGAUGAUAUUCAUAAGAAACUUGAGCACGAACUUAGUCUUUUCGCUUCUUUUAUCGAGGGUGUUGCAAACCUGAGACCAAGAGAUGGGACCGUAGAAAGUUGAUGAUGAUGAAAUAGUCAAAGUGCGCAGGUGAAAAUUAUCUAACUUUUAUGUCUUGAUGUAUUAUGAAAAACUCCUUGCUCAAGCACAAGCAACAUAAGUACUUCCAAUGGAAUAUCAAUAGUAAAUCUAAAACUUGAAUCUGUGGCGAUGGAGCAAUACUAAACUUUAAGUCAAAUCAUAGAUUACAACUUUCACAAGCUGCGGAACUGGUCUAUGGAUGAACAUCAUGCUGUUCAAAGUCAAAUUCUAACAUUGAAAUUUAUACGCAAAAAUGGCAGAAAUUCUUUGACAUUUUAUGAAAGUAAUAUAUUCUGGACAUUUGAUGAUUAAAAAACAAAGUGAUACUCUCGGCCUUAACUGUAAAA